UCUCUACUCUCUACAGGCUACAAAUUCAAGUUGCACAAUGCAAGCGUGUGAGUAAUAUAGUGUAUAGUUCUAGCGGCAGUCGCGUAUACGAUAUAGUGCGGUAUAGACCAAGUAGUGGGAGACCCGGGUGUUGAGGAAAACGUUCUUAUUAUGAACAGUUCCUCCACCAGUGAUAUUUUUCGUCAAUUUGGCCAAUAGUGUUUUCACCCCCGGGAAAAGUGCAUUUUUCGUUUUCACGGGACUGGUGAAAAUCUCAGGUUGUGAUAUAUGUGACACACAAAAGAACGAACGCCAUCGUGCAAGCAGAAAAAUGUGGGUCCUACUGUUUUUGGCAGUAUUUUUGACAACCGGGAAUGGCCAGUAUUCUGAAACAUCAAAUUGGCCUCAAGAUCGAUUCAAUCAAGGCGACACAUCAACUCGCCAACCCUGGGGCAGAUAUGACGAAAGAGACCCGAAUUCGGGAUUUAAUAACAGACCGGAUAGUCAAGACUGGGAAUCAAACUCGGGAACAAAUUACAGGCCAGGAAGUCAAGACUGGGAUUCAAAUUCGGGAACGAAUUAUAGACCUGGAAGUCAAGACUGGGACCAAAAUUACAGAGGCUCUGUAACUCAGGAUCAAAAUUCCGGUUCGAAUUAUCGUGGCAAUAAUCAAGAGCAAGGUUCAGGGUUCGGUUACAAUAGAAAUCCUGUAACAUCAGAUUCUAAUAAUCCCAAUUAUGGAGGAGGAUUCAGGAGUCCUGGAUUUCAGGGAGAUAAUGUCAUCAUCAGAGAGGCAACCUACUUCAUUGUUGCCUCCCGAAUGGUAAGACCGGGACAAGUCUAUCGAGUUGCAGUGAACGUACUGCACAGUCCUCUGCCAAUGAUGGUUCGAACUUCGAUUCAAAGAAAUGGUGUAGAACUAUCAGCGGAUCACCAGGAAGUAAAAGAAGGUAUUCCCGAAACAUUGAUGCUAAGAGUUCCAUCUACUUCUGUAAAAGGUGAUUACAAGCUUCGCGUGGAAGGAUUAUAUAAUACGUUGACAGGUGGUCAAGCAUUUUUGAAUGAAACUCGACUGAUAUUUUCUCAAAGAUCGAUGACGAUAUUUAUUCAAAUGGACAAGCCUGUCUACAUGCAGGGACAAACAGUUCGUUUCCGAACGAUACCGAUAAAUACAGAAUUAAAAGCUUUCAACAACCCCGUUGAUGUCUAUAUACUUGAUCCUCAGAGAAGAAUUAUGCGACGAUGGUUGAGUCGACAGAGUAACUUGGGAACAGUCUCCUUAUCUUACGAGCUAUCCGAUCAACCUGUUUUUGGAAAUUGGUCAAUUCAAGUAAUUGCGCAGGGUCAAGUUGAGGAGAAAACUUUUUUCGUAGAAGAAUACUAUCAGACACGAUUUGAAGUCAACGUGACAAUGCCAGCUUUCUUUUUCGACACUGAUCCAUAUAUUUAUGGAAUUGUACAGGCGAAUUACACCUCCGGUGCAUCAGUCAGGGGGAAUCUCACUUUGAAAGCCAGUCUCAGGCCGCUGAAUAGAAACUACGCUAGCACUGCGUCACAGCAAUUUGAUGUUCAAGAGAGGUAUUUCGAUUUUGAUGAACAGUAUCCUUCAUGGUUCAAAGUUCAGCGUAAUUACUAUGACGAUGUCGGACAUCGGAUGCCUGUUCUCAGAUUCUUCAACGGUACAUACAGUUUCAGAUACCCCAUGAGAGAUCUGCUGACGCCCUCCGCCUCGGGCGUCGAGGGAAUGGAAAUAGUAGUAACAGCAACAGUAGGAGAGAGAUUUUUAGAAGAAAUCAUAGUCGGCUACUCUUCAGCCCGAAUUUAUAAUUCUAGCGUCAAAGUUAACUUCUUUGGUGGUUCACCACAGAUUUUCAAGCCCGCCAUGCCCUUUUCCUUGAACCUUGUUGCUUCCUUCCACGAUGGUUCGGCUCUGCGACCAAGUCAACUUUGGGGUGCCAGAAUGGAUAUUCGUGCAGACGUUGAAAUGAGAACAAGUGGUCGUAGAUCCCUCGACAACAGAUUCCUACAACCAUCAGCUGAAAAUGGUGCAAUUUGGUCCAUGAAGGUAGACUUACGAAAGGAACUUGGUCUCAGUGAUAGUCCUCAGCGAGCGCAACAAAUUCUGAACGACGUGAUUUCCAUGAAAGUGUAUGCAACUCUCACAGACGGAGAAGGACAUUCAGCACAUACGGAACUUUUGCUUUUGGCUCACGAGUCACCCAAUCAGAAACAUAUCAAGGUUUCGACAUCCACUGAUAAGCCGAAAGUUGGAGAGUACCUGGUGCUUCACGUGCAGACGAAUUUCUACAUAGAUACGUUCAAUUACAUCAUAAUGUCAAAAGGAAUUAUUCUCUUGAAUGGACAGGACAAUAUGCAACAUAAUAUAAGGACCUUCGCGGUUCCCUUAAGUCCAGAAAUGGCUCCAGUAGCCACGGCAGUCGUCUACUAUGUUGGUCGUUAUGGUGAAGUGAUAGCGGAUUCGUUGACCUUCCCUGUUAAUGGUAUCUCGAGAAACAACUUUACCGUUUUUAUUAACAAUAGAAAGGCGAGAACUGGAGAAAAUGUAGAAGUCGCUAUCUAUGGAGAACCUGGUGCUUACGUAGCUCUUUCUGGAAUUGAUAGAUCGUUUUACACUAUGCAAGCUGGAAACGAAUUGACCUACGCAAACGUCAUUUCGAAAAUGGCCCACUUCGACGAAGAAACUAACGGCACUCACUCCCACACCUGGCUUUUCCACGACGGAGAUCCAGAUGAGGUUGUCUACUUCCCUUCCUCCAGUUUCGGAAUAGACGUCAACCGUACCUUCGAAUACAUCGGCCUCGUUGUCUUCACAGAUGCGAUUAUUUUUCGCAAACCAGAAAUUUGUAAUCGCACUCUCGGCUUCGGUGAAUGCCUAAACGGACGCUGUUACCGCCUAGAAAAGAAAUGCGACGGCACCUUCGACUGCGAAGAUGGAACCGACGAGACUCGUUGCAGCGCAGGAAACUUGACGGACAUCACCGAAUUCCGAAAAUUCCGCUUCAAUCGCAUCCAACGUCAAUACGACAACGUAUGGCUCUGGAAGGACGUAAACAUCGGACCCCACGGUCGCCAAGUCUUCAACAUCGACGUUCCCCGGCGUCCCGUCCACUGGAUGGUCACUGCUUUCAGUGUCAGUCCCAGUGUUGGAUUCGGAAUGUUGCCAAAGGCUCUAGAAUACAUUGGCAUUCUUCCAUUCUUCAUCAACGUUGAAAUGCCCACCCGCAGCAAACAGGGAGAACAAAUUGGCGUAAGGGUUUCUGUGUUUAACUACCUGGAAAAUAACAUCGAAGCCACUGUAGUCUUGACUGGUUCGAAGGACUAUAAAUUCGUUCACGUCGAAGAAAAUGGAUUCGUCCAAUCCUACAAACCGCGCACCUCUUUUGGUGAGCAUCAGUUCUUCAUCUGGAUCAAGGCACAAGAUGUUGCCAUCGUCUACCUUCCUAUCGUGCCCAUUCGACUCGGAGAGAUAAAAGUCCACAUCUACGCCAACGCUCUCAUCGGCAGCGACUCUGUCACGCGGACCCUCUUCGUCGAAGCAGACGGACUUCCACAGUAUCGUCACGAAUCUGUCCUUCUAGAUCUUAGUAACAGAGCCUACGUUUUCCAGUACAUGCACGUCAACAUCACCGAGACACCAAUUAUCCCUUAUCAGGAGGAACGUUACUAUGUCUUUGGUUCCAACAAAGCCACAAUCAGCGUCGUGGGCGAUGUGGUCGGACCCAUCUUCCCCACAAUGCCCGUGAAUGCAACGAGUUUGAUUAAUUUACCGAUGGACUGUGCCGAGCAGAACAUGUUCAAUUUCGCAGCUCAUUUGUACACAACCCUGCAUAUGAGAGCUGUUAAUCUAAGAAACAGAACCCAGGAGAAAAUCAGCUUUCACUACAUGAACAUCAUGUACCAGAAGCAGAUUUCCUUCAUGAAUCCGGAUGGUUCCUUCAGUCUUUUCCGCAGUGACUGGAAUCAGUCUUCUCCCAGCGUUUGGCUCACUGCCUACACUGUUUAUGUUUUCCAAGAAGCUGCGAGUAAUUACGAGUACGAAAAUUAUUUGUAUAUUGAUCCUGAAGUGAUUUCAAAGUCUGUAAUGUGGUUGCUGCAGCACCAGACGGAAGAGGGGUCUUUUUAUGAAGUCAGUUGGCUACCAGAUAGAAAGAUGAAUACAACUUAUCACGAGGGAGGCAUUAAUCGGUACAGAAAUAUUUCGCUCACAGCGCACGUACUGAUAACUUUGGCAAGUGUUAAAGACCUUCCGCAUGGUCUGGGAACAAGAGUUUCUCUGGCUGCUGAGAAUGCCGCCAAGUGGCUGGAAACGAAACUGUCGUAUCUGGAGAAUUAUGGGCAACCUUAUGAGAUUGCGGUAGUGGCUUAUGCCCUGCAAGAAAAGGCAUCGAGUAGACAGGAGUUUGCGUUUGAGAUUUUGAAUAGACACUCGAGGAUUGAAGGGGAUCUGAUGUACUGGGGAAGAGAAGCUAUACCGCAACCACCUUAUAAGAUUGAAAAUCAGAAACCGUUUUUGCUGCCUCGUCUGCCUUAUAAAUACGAUUCGGAAAAUAUUGAGACCACGGCCUAUGCGUUGUUGCUGUAUACAGCUAGGCAACAGGUAUUUUUGAUUCAGCCAAUUGUUAGGUGGUUGAAUACGCAGAGAUUGACGAAUGGAGGCUGGGCUACUACGAGAGACACUGCUUGGGCGAUGAAAGCUUUGAUGCACUAUACACAAACGCAGAGAUUGAGAGAGGUUUCGGAACUGAGUGUUACAAUUGAGGCUACCUCUUUGCCCGGGCAGACGAAAGUGCUUCAUGUUGAUAGGAAGAACCUGGCGACACUUCAGUCGGUUGAGAUACCAGAAGCAUGGGGAACUGUGAAGGUACAAGCAAAUGGAGCAGGAUAUGCAAUCUUACAAAUGUCUGUUCAAUAUAACGUCGAUAUCCAAAAGUUCCAAACUAUGCCACCAGUGAAAGCCUUCGAUUUACGAACCAGAGCCAAUUUCCAUGGAAGAAAUCAGUCUCACAUAUCUUACACCAGUUGUCAGAGGUGGAUAAAUACGAACGAGUCCAUGCGCUCAGGAAUGGCGGUUCUGGAUGUGGCUGUACCAACUGGAUAUAUAAUUCAACAACAGAACCUGGAUAGAUAUAUCCGUUCAAGACGUAUUCGAAAUCUCCAAAGAGCUCGUUUCCUUGAGCAAAAGGUGCUUUUCUACUUUGACUAUCUUGAUGAAGAAGAAACCUGUGUGGAAUUUACUUUAGAAAGAUGGUUCCCAGUAGCGAAUAUGUCUCGGUAUCUUCCUAUCAGAGUCUAUGAUUAUUAUGCACCUGAGCGUUUCAACGAGACGAUAUUUGACUCGCUUCCAACCUACAUUCUCAACAUUUGCGAAGUUUGUGGUAGUUCACAGUGUCCAUAUUGUCCGAUUUACAACUUUGCAGCAAUUCUAACAUCACCCAGUUUCUUCACUAUCUUUGCAUCUCUCAUCGUUAUCCUCACCAGGUAUUUUAGAUCGCAAGAGUUUAGCGCAGGUUAAAACUUUUUUUUUAACUUUUAGAAGAAUAUAACUUUAAAUUGCGCAAAAAGUUCGUUUUGCGAAAACAUACCGUAUCAAAAACAGAGCUACAAUAUACAUAAUACUUGGAAAACAAAAACUAAUCAUCCUUUUUGAUUAAAGUUAUAAAUACUCCUAAGGAAGAGCGAUUCUACAGUAUUUUUGUACAUUCUUAAUAGCCUUUUUAUCUCAAAAUUCAUCUUAAAAAUAAAAUAUAUGUAUAUAAUCGGUGCCUUGAAAAGGCUCAGAGAACUGUUAACAAUUGCUAUUUUCUUUUUUUUUUGUUAAAUUAAAUACUGAAACUUUAAAUUAAUUACUAAAAUGUCCGUACAUGAGUAUAUGAUCUUGAGAGAUUAUUAGAAGGAAAGGAGCGAAUGUGAUAUAUUAUAAAUAUAUAUUUUUUCACAUAAAGUGAAUGAGUAUUAAUUGUAAUGUAAUUACGACUCUCCACAUCGACUUUUUCUUCCGUACAAUCAUGUCUCUACAGAAAUUCUAGAGAAAAAUUCGAGACUAUUGUUAUUAAUUAUUAGAUUAUUAUUAUAUUUAGAAGAAAAGGAGUCUUAGUCUUCGAAAUUGUACAACUGUGCCUUAAUGUUAUGAACCUUACUUUUUAUGCAAGGUAUAUAAAUAUUUUAACUGUCUGCGUUUAAAUUCUCGACUCCUAGAUCAGGGCAUUUAAUUUGCUUCAAGAGGCGAGAAAUAAACUCGAGUACAAACGACACAAGUUGAAAGUCUAUUCGUAUGAAGCACAAAGUCGUUAUCUGAUACCGUCCAAUGCGAAACGUCUUUAAUCUUGGCAUUUGCUUCUUCGAGAUACUUCGAUAGACCUUAAAGGCCUUUCAUUUAUAGUGCUUUUAAAAAUCUUUUUGCGAAUUUUCGUGAAUUCAUUUCGUAUGUCUCCUUAAAUUGUUAAAAAUUGAAUUGAUUUAUGAGACUUCAAAAUAUUCAUGUUGUCUAUUUUUGUAAAACUAAAAUUAACCUCAUAUUAGAAAACCAAAGCUUGAAUUUUUUACUAUUUCUUAUUUUAGAAUUGAGUACAAAAUACUGGGCAAUCUUAGUUUUCAUUUUAGCUUAAGAUAUCAUUUGGAUAAAUACUUUUAAAUUGAUCAAAUGUAAUUUAAUGUUUAUGUACCAGAAGAAUAUUUUUGAAAAAUGUCCGUCCAAACUUAAUCUCGCAAGUCAGAUAACUUAAUAGAAAUAUUUGAUUAGGUGUAGUUAGUGGAGCUGCCUUACAAUGAAAUGAGUUUCUUAAUGAGUUUGAUUCGUUUUUAUGUCCUAGCUAAUUAGGAAAAGUAGGGGUUUGGCUAUGAACCAAGGUCAUUAGCUAAACGUGGGAGUUUAGGAAAAUGUUUCAUUAGAUGAUUCAUAAAUUGGUUGAAUAACAACUUUGUAUUAAAUAUUUUAAAGCUGGCUGCAUAUUAUUUACCACAAUUCUGACACAUUGAAGAAUACGUAACUUAAGUAUCAAAUACAAAAAUACGUUUACAAAAAUUUUAUCGGCGAUUUUUAAGUUUCCAUCUAAAUCUUUUUUACUAGUAGUACUUUUUUACUAGUAGCUAGUAAAAUGUAUUUCUGAAUAAACUACGGAUUUAGAGAAAAGGUGAUAGCUUAAUGGAGGAUUUUCCUAAACUUCCGCGUUUAGUUUAUUCCCUUGGUUUUUAGCCAAAACCUUGAUUUUCCUAAUCCGCUGCGACAUAUUAUAUUAAAUUUAACGAGACUUUAUGUAGAGUUAUCUUAAGACUUUAUUAAUAAUGUAAUAGUACAAAUGUCAAUUAAUUCCGACUCUCCAGAAUGUGUAUUUUAUUCUCAAAGCUCCUUCAGUUGACCUAAUUUUUAGAAAGCCGUCCAAACUAAAAUAUGUCUCGCGAGUAAAUCAUAGUUUUAUUUACCGUAUAAUCGUCGAUUUAUAUUUUUAUAGCGACAAAUAUAUGUACAUUUUACAAUAAUUCAUGCACAAUCGUAGAGUAGAUUCCUUUUUGUAUGUUUUCUUUUUUCUUUUUGAAAAACGUUACAUACUCGUGAAUCUCAAUAAGUUUCAAGAUUCUUGAAAUAAGUUACUGCCUGUUUGUACAGCAUAUAAUGUUAACCUAUACAUAUAAAUUAACCUGUACAGUUCACUUAUUGCCGAAUAACGUUACGGCCGUCUGAUUUUUAUCGUAAGAAAAAUAAUCGAAAGUCAUUGGAUUUUUGAUGAUUAGAAUUUUCCAAAGGGUACUUUUUUUACUCUUGAUUUUAAUUUUAAAAAGGUAUGCGUACAUUUGAAACUUUUCAUGUGUUGUCUUCAGUAAUUUAAUUAUAAUAAAUAGGUUUGGCUAAUUAACGAUCAUUUACUUCUGUAUAUUAAUAUAUAGAAAAAUUUUGUUUGUAUACAGAGAUUUUUCGUUCUUCAAAAUUCGAGAUUUGUUUACAUACUAAUAAUUAUUUUAUAUACUGCUUGCUGGCACAAUUCAUCUCAUUGUACGAAGCGAAGAAAAAUAACAUUUAACGAUCGUUAAACGUGUUUUGAAGUUUUAUAACAUUUGUACAAAUAAAUGGUAGCAAUAAGAAA